UCAAGUGAUAUGGAAGGAGAAAACCACACAUCAAUAUCACGAUUUUUGCUCUUGUGCCUCUCUGAUGAUCAUGAAUUACUGCCAUUUUUAUUUGGACUGUUCCUGUUGAUGUACUUGGGAGCAAUGCUUGGGAACCUUCUCAUCAUCCUGGCUGUCAGCUCUGACUCACACCUCCACACCCCCAUGUACUUCUUCCUCUCCAACCUGUCUUUUGUUGACAUCUGUUUCAUCUCCACCACAGUCCCAAAGAUGCUGGUGAACAUCCAGGCACAAAACAAAGACAUCUCCUAUAGUGGGUGUCUCACUCAGGUGUGUUUUAUAAUAAUUUUUGCUGGAAUGGAAAAUUUCCUAUUAUCUGUGAUGGCAUUUGACCGCUUUGUUGCUAUCUGUAAUCCCCUUAACUACAUGGUCAUCAUGAGCCCUCAAUUCUGUGCCUUUCUGGUUCUGAUGUCUUGGUUUAUUAUAUUCUGGAUCUCUAUCCUUUAUAUUCUACUUAUUAAGCAACUGACAUUCAUGGUAGACACUGAAAUCCCACAUUUCUUCUGUGAAUUAGCUCAGGUCCUCAAGGUGGCCAGCUCAGACACCUUCAUCAAUAUCAUCUGCCUGUAUGUGACAGCUGCAUUGUUGGGUGCAAUUCCUAUGGUUGGGAUCCUUUUCUCCUACUAUCAAAUUGUCUGUUCCUUAUUGAGGAUUUCUUCUGUUGUGAGCAAGUAUAAGGCAUUUUCCACCUGUGGCUCUCACCUCUGUGUGGUCUGUUUGUUUUAUGGAACAGGUAUUAGUGUUAAUCUCAGUUCUGCAGUGAGCCGUUCUUCCCAGAGAAGCAUGAUUUUCUCAGUGAUGUACACUGUGGUCACUCCCAUGUUAAACCCUUUCAUCUACAGCCUGAGGAACAAGGAUGUAAUAGGGGCCCUGAGAAAACACCUCAGCAGAGCAGUAUCUUGUCCUUCAUUUAUUAGUGACUUCAGAACUAAGUGGACAUUGAGGUCCAUUAGGAGCACACCUUGA